AUGUCUUUCGACGACUCGUCCCGGCUGGAAUCUCAGCCAACGACCUGGCGGCGGCAGGACGAUCCCGAGUAUGCCGACGACCCAGAGUUCAAGCGCUUCACCACCCAGCUUUCCGACCAGCUGUUCAGCUUGACCUCGAACGUCACCCGCCUUUCCAACCAGAUCGCACUCCUGGGCACCAAGCGCGAGACGGAACGGGUCCGCGAGCGGGUCCGCGACCUGAUUGAAGAGACGAGUUCUGGGUUCAAGGAAGUUGGCGAGGGUCUGAAGAAGGUUCAGCAAUGGCCUGAUCUCGGGCCAUCCCAAAAAUUCACCCAGGGGAAACUGAACCGGGAAUUCAAAGCGUCCCUCACCGAAUUCCAAGUUCUACAACGUCGCGCCAUCGAAAAAGAGCGCAGCUCCGCCGCCGCCGCGCGUGCCGCCCUUGAUGAGAACGCUACCAGCCCCGGCGGCGCGCAGCAUCAAUCCCACCAACAACAGCAACUCCAAGAGCAGGAGCAGCUGCGCCUCGCGUCGCAGGAUGAGGUCGACUUCCAGGAAUCUCUCAUCAUCGAGCGCGAGUCCGAGAUCCGCAACAUCGAGCAGUCAGUUGGCGAGCUGAACGAGCUGUUCCGUGACGUCGCCCACAUGGUGCAUGAGCAGGGUGAGCAGCUCGAUAUUAUCAGCGAGAACGUCGAGGGCGUGCGCACCGACACCCGCGGCGCCCAUGUCGAACUCACCGCGGCCAGCAGGCACCAGAAGGCCGCCCGCAACAAGGCCUGCUGCCUGCUGCUCAUCCUCGCUGUCGUACUGACUAUCAUCAUCUUGGCCGUCGUCUUGGGUUAA